AAGAAUCGUCUUGCAAAGGAGUCGGUUCUGUGGCGCAGGAUUUUUAGUAUGGGGUGUUGUGCCUCGUCCUCCUCAGAAGUUCCGGUGCCAAAGCCUCGACGACGUUUGAGCGUUGGCCAAGUAGAUGAAACCGAACUUCCUGGAACGGAGGACAAUGAAACUGAACAAGACCGCGGACUGAUAGCUCAGUUCAGCAAGAAUAAUCUUAUUGAGAUGAUCAGCGACGCAGACUCCACCGGAAAAGGCAAAAGCGGGCGCCGGGUCAGCCUCAGCUCCAAAACGGACAAGGGUACCACUUCCUUUGCCAACAAGACCAUGCAAAAGUUUGGGGACGCCGACGUGGACGUCACCAAGGGCGGCAUUGGCUUUACGUGCCGAAAGGGGCUGAAGCCUGAGAGCCCCAACCAGGACUCUUGGUUCGUGCUGAAGAUGGAGAGCUUUUCACUCUACGCCGUCUUCGAUGGGCAUGGUCAGAAAGGCCACGAUGUCUCGAACUUCGCCAUGGAUAUGCUGCCGAAGUGCAUCAUCAAGGAUGAGCGAUGUUUCACCACCAGAGACUGGGGCCCCAUCUUGGUGGAGGCUUUCAAGAAGACGCAGAACUUUAUCACGGUGUCGGACAAGACCAAGACACUCCAAGCUCAGAUGUCGGGAACCACUGCCACUGUCGCCAUCCACGACCACUCGGACAACUCCGUGACCAUCGGCCACGUGGCGGACUCCACCGCUUGCCUGGGCACCAAGGUGGGCUCCUCCUGGCAGGGCGUGGCCCUGACCAGAGAUCACAAGCCGAACCUCAAGGAUGAGAAGUCUCGUAUCGAGAGAGCUGGCGGGCGUGUGGUCUUUGAUGGCUAUGCCAACUAUCGCGUUUAUGCCAAGAAUGCCCGCUAUCCAGGUCUCAACAUGUCACGUUGCCUCGGUGACUUGCUUGGACAUGCAGAAUGCGGCAUGUCCUGUGAGCCUGAGAUCAACAAAGUGACCUUUGCGAAGGAGAAGCAGUACAUCCUCCUGGUCUGUAGCGACGGAGUGUGGGAAUUUAUCUCGGCGCAAGAAGUGCGGGGCCUAUCCGUGCUGGCCUUUUGAAAGUAUGCAACGCCUGGGUCGGAUGGCUGUGAAGGUUUGAUUUUUUUUUGGAAUUUGGCA